UAUACCAUGUUAGGCGAUGCAUGAAAUUCUUUGAAAGUGGCAGACGAGAAUGGUUGGAUAACUAGGUCAUGGUUUGAUAUACUCUUUUGUGCAAUUGUCCAUUCCUUCAACUGUAAGUUAUAGAGAUUAAGUGAACAAGCUUGAAUUGCUCCAUCCUCUGUCAAUGUUACAACAUAGCAGAGUUUAGAAUCAAGUAGAAACUUGAGGAAGAUUGCACGCCGGAUUUUAAAAUAAAUCGCGGUGCAACAACUGGGUCUGAAGGCCGUUAUUUCUGACUGCAUUGAACCAAGUGAUCUCUCAAUGUCUUUGUUUAAAACCGUGAUGCAGGCUGCUAGGAAUGAAACGGAAAAAAUCUAUUGCGGGUGGUCAAACAACAGACAUGCUACGAUCUUGAGAUGCUCUUCUAUCACCACAGACGACAUUAAACUGGAUGACUUGCCAAAGUACAAGCUCUAUGUUCGGUUGCGACUCCCUGAGCAAGCCAUACCAGGGUUUCUGCUCAGAAAAUUUGUCAACAGUCUUUUGAAGACAAUGAAGUAUGAUGAGUGCCUGAUAUUUGAACUGAACGAUGCAGUCGCAAGUGCAAUAUGCAAUGAGUUGAAAUUUCAGGAGAAGACACCUCUAGGUAUCCUGCAGGAUGAUGUUAAAAAAUCCAAGAUUUCCAUUAGUGGGCGGCACAUCUGCAACUUGCCGAUGAGGUGUCAAUUGAUUCGAUUGAAUGAGAAAGGCAAUGAGAAAAGUGUGAUCUAUUCUUACUUCAAAAGAUUAUUACUAGUUCCCUCCCUUGAACAGUUCAAGAUUGAUUUAGCUGAAGAUAUUUACGCUUGUGAUAUUAUAUUUAAAGCAACAAAAUCUGUAACAGGGAUAAACAACUUUGCUAGGGUUUAUGUUGAGCCUGCCAGUGCUGCCUUGAGGUAUAUAUCAUUAACAUUUGAAGAGGCACUUGACUAUGAGGUGCUGGGACGUAAAAUUUAUGAAGAAGUGAAAAGACAUUACAAGAUAACAGAAGGCAGUAAAGAAAGCUUUCUCUUGAAGAUGUCGUUGAAAUGCUUAAAUGACAAAAUCCCUUCACAAUUAAAUUGGAGUUUAGAAGACAUCAAAGAUGUAGUCAAUGUGGCAGUGAAAGAUCAUAGAACCACAAGUUUGGCUCAGCUACUGGAAGGAUUUGAUACUAAAGACAAAAUUCUUUUACUUUUAAAAGAAGGUUAUGGCCUGGAUGAAUCAAUCAUUGAUAAGAAAGAAACAGUACUCCUAAGAAAAUUACUAAGAAAUGUUCACAUAAAGAUGAAUCUGGAUAAACAGAAUGGCUGCAUGCUUUUGUUUAUCAAUGCCUUGGUACAUAAGAAAUUUAAGGCCUCUUUAUUUUACUGGACACAGUUAGAUAAUUUAAUAGGGAGUGCUCUCAUUGCUUCUUACUUUCUGAAAAAGUGUACCAACACUGAACAAGACCAGGCUGGGCUGACUAAGCUGAAGGAAUACCAAAAUUUUUACCAAGAUUUAGCAAUUGGCACACUGUUUGCCUGCUACAAAGAAAACAUUUUAAGUACCUGGAUCCUUCUGAUACAACAAAUCCCUGUGUGGGGUAAUGAAUCUUGCAUUACAAUUGCCAUGAAGACGAAAAAUAGACAGUUUGUUCAGCAGAAGGCCUGUUCAGAUUUGAAUAAGUAUGUCUGGAAUAACUACAAGGGAUUGCAAUUACAAGAUUUGGAACCUGAGUCAGUGUUUAAAACAGAUGAAACAGUAGCUGCAAGCAAAGUCAAAGAAAAUAUUGAACGCUUUUUUCUAUCUCCAAAAGGAAGGUGCAGACUUGAUUCCAUUGGAUACAUCCUGUUUCUGACAGCCUAUAGUAUUCUACUGGUCUCUCUUCUCAGUGCCCAGCAGUUCCACUGGCUAGAAGGAGUUGUCAUGUUUUAUAUGUUCAUUAUAAUUGCUAGAGAAAUUGAUCAGGUGUUCCAAGAGCGUGGAGAGUAUCAGCUUGAGAUCUAUAACAUUUUUGACCUGCUCUCCAUCACCCUGGCUGUCAUAGCUUGGACGCUGCGUUGGGUAGCCUAUCAUUAUACAGACUACCCACAGAUUAUGGAUGCUGCCCGCUAUGUCUUCAGCUGUGACUUCAUUGUGUAUGCUCUCAGAUUUACAGAGUACUUUUAUGAAAAUAAAAUGCUGGGACCAAUAUUGGUGAAGAUAAGAAAAAUGGUGAAAAUCUACAUUCCUUUUUUGUUUAUCCUGUUCAUCUUUUUGGUGUCCUACGCGGUGGCCUCAGAGUCAAUACUUUACCCAGAGACAGAGUUAAAUAGAUAUAUUUUGUACUACAUCUUCCGAAAAGGAUUUUGGGCCAUGAUUGGUGAUUACCGCUUGGAUGAAGUAGAAGUGUCAGGUGAUGGCUGUACUAGAGAUCCCAAUCUGUAUAGAAACCACUCUGUCUUGAGAUGUCCUAGUAUCAGUGGAAGGUUUGCUAUGCCUGUCUUCCUUGGUGCCUACGCACUCUUUGUGCAGAUCUUGAUGUUCAGUUUAAUUAUCGCGCUCUUCAAUUUUGCUAUCACAAGAAAAGAAGAACAGAACGAGAUGAUAUGGAGGUAUCAAAGGUUUCUUCUCUCUGAGCAGUACUCCAGGUGCAGAAUUCUAUUGCCUCCCUUCAUUCCACUUUUCUUCUGGCUUAUGUUUCGAGUUGGACAGCCCUACAGCUCAUCAUUUGAGGAGUCAGAGGCACACAGCGGAAUUAAAGAGUUUGAGAACAUGGCUGGACAAAUAAUUACUGGUAAAAUAAUAGAUGGAAGUUUUACAACUAUCAAUGACGACUACUUCUCUGAUGGAGAUGAUGACUUUAACCCUAACAUAGGUCACCAAGAUUCCAGACGUGCAUCCAGCAUUCGAAAACUUAACGCAGGCUCAAGAUACAGACUAUCACCAAGAUUAACAAGACGUUUGAGACAGUCAGAGAAAAUCUCUAAAACUGAAUCAGAUGAGAGUAAUGGCCUCUAUGUUAAUGUAGAAGCUUUGCCAAUACCAACCCUGAAAGAUAUAAUUGAUGAAAUUAAAGAAGAGGAUGAAACAUCUUUCCAAGAAAGUGAUGGUCAUGUGACCCCCAGCAGCGAGACGCCAGGCUUGAACCUAUCCUCUCCAGGUGCUUUUCAUGAACAGUUCAGUUUUUUAACACAGGAGGCAACCAAACAGAAAAAGAAAGCAGCCAAGAAAUCAACAGAAUUACCUUCCUUGCCGGCUCUCUUCAACACAAUGGAGAGGGAUGUACUUUACUAAAAUAGUAAACAUUUCCACAUGAGAAUGAGAUCCAAUAGCAAAAUAAUCUUUUCAAUUUUGACAUUAAUCAAAAUUGUGUUUUUAGUAAGUUAAAGUGAGAGAAUGUAUCUGUGAACACUGUUAAGGGUGCAAGACUCUCAAUACUGACUUGUAGAUCAUGAUUACAAUAAAUGUUAGUUCUGUCUCAAAAGGAAUUUCUAUUAUUAAAUACAUUUUACAGAACAAUUUAAAAAUGUUUAAUACAUUUUAUAUCAAAAAAUAAUAAUAGCAUUUGUCUUCAAGUUCCAAAAUAAAGGAGUGCAGUACUUCUUGUGUCCACACAGUCCUAGCUGUGAUCUACAUACUUUGCCACUUCCAGCACAGACACAACUGUUUUCUGCCUUAGCUUGAUUUAGGUUCUCUUUCCCCUGGCUAUGUAAUAAAUCUGUAAUAAGUCUCUUGCUGUCUCAUUAGGAAGCAUUUAACUGAACAGAUAUAUCCAUUAGUGUAUAUAUUUUGUGUGGUGUCCUAUAAAUUGUUUGCUCUAAUAAUGCAUUGUUAUGUGUAGUGCAAAUUGUAAAAUUUACAGGUGAAAUCAUUUUUUAUACACAUUUAUACAAUUAUUCAAUAAACGCAUGCAUGCAUACAUAAUAAACAGAAAAAUGCAUUUAUGAUUUCUGUUUGAUACUGAAAUAACAAAAUAAUGUUUUGUAAUAAACACAAAAUAUCAACAUAUCCUCUGUUUUGAAAAUUAUAAUGUUACAUAUUAAUAAUAAUAUGAAUAAUAAUUAUAAUAUGAUUAAUAAAACAUGAAAUAUGCAUUAUUCA